GUAUUUGUAAUUAAAUGAGAAGCAUACAAAUUAGUUAUAAUUAAUCACAGUCUUUGCAAAUGUAAACCAUAUAUUUUAACACAAUUAAAUUCACUGGAUUUAAGUGAUUAUAUUCGUCUUUUAUACAUUUUGUUUUUGAAUUACAAAAAUAUACAUAGAACUGUACUUAAAAAAGCAACGUUUGUUUAUUAUGCGUGCGCACUUAACAGCCUUGCGUGGUCACGUGACUUUGAAAGAAAGAAGAAGGAACUGAAAGUCGGAGCGAUGGAAGUUGUUUAUUAACUUGUUUUAGAAGAGACUUUUGUUAUGAUGAAUGCCUUCAAACGAAGCCAGUGGACGUAUUCCCAGGUGUUAAUCGUGCACCUAGCAGUUCUUAUAAUCAAUAUACAGGUUUUAGAGGCUGCACCUACAAGAGAGUCAACUGAGGCGACGACAUAUGAUACAACCACACCAACUACAUCUUUAAACAUACUGAGAUCUAUAAACAUACUGGGACCAACAACAUACCAACCGAGUGAGCCAUUAAACGUGGAAGUUGUAGUUCUUGGUAAAACGGUUAACUUAAAGUGGGAUACCCCCAAAUUCCCAAAUGGGGUGAUUUCUGCCUACACGGUGUGCUUUGCUUACAAGCACUAUUGGGACCAGUCAUACUCCGAAACAAACUGCACUAACAAAACAGCGUCGGAAAUGGACAUGACUGGGAACCACUUUGAAACCAGAUUGUCACUUCCGUUUACAGGUGCAUUUUUUACAUUUUCUGUUGCUGCUGUUAACGAGAUGUUUACGGGAAGAGUGGUUUCCGUUGCAAGAAGAACUUAUGAAUCGACACCCGAGAGUGUCACUGGACUGUACGCACAGGCAACAAACACAACCAUUACCGUGAUCUGGUCACGUCCAGGUGUCCCGAAUGGUGAUAUUGAAAGGUACCAGCUUCAGUGGAUUAAAGGAGAAGUCAACUGCGACGUUUUCAUCUCAACAUACAAGCGUACCUAUUUAGCCAGGGAAGUUACGAUCACACCAUCCUUGACCUUUGACCCACUGACAUCAGAGGAACCCUAUGAUGACAACUGUUUUUCGCCAACGCCUGAUCCAAUUCGUGUCAACCAAGAGAACAUGCGCUAUACCAUAUACAGACUUGAACAUAAUGAAGAGUAUGAGCUAUUGGUGACGCCGUUUACAACUACAGGACGAGGGCCUUCCAGUAAUAUCACACAACGAACAAUUGAAACAAGACCGGGCCCUGUGGGCAAUGUAACAAUACGCGAUAUUGAGUCAACGGCGAUAAACGUGACAUGGACGAUUCCUGAAAUAAACCCAGAUCCAACCAACUACACAGCGGUCGCUUGGAGCAUGAUACCUAGACAGGAACACACUGCUCGGUGUGAAGUUGAAGAUUACACGACCACUGGAUGUGUGAUCGAGAAUCUCCACGAAUUUUGGAGGUAUAAGGUUGAGGUCAUUGCAAAAACCAGGGGAGGGAUCAGUGAACCAACAAUCUCUGAGCCUUUCUUUACACAAGAAUCAACCCCAGGAAAACCGACAUCAUUUAACGUUAUCAAAUUCACUGAUUUAAAAAACACCUGUGACGCAACAAAGAUCAAUGUUACCUGGAGCGAACCCAACCUCCAAGACAGAAAUGCCAAUAUCACACGUUAUGUUGUCAUGAGGGAGUUGCGUAAGACCGAGGUGUUCACAUUUACCGUUGAUAACCCUCAACCAUUUGCGUUUAACAACAGAAAGUUUUCAUUGGAACAUACAGGUCUCACCGCUAACUGGGGACAUCAAUGGCAGCUAUAUGCUGUUGGAAGAAAUGGGGUCAGAGGAAGGCCUGAAAACAAGGUAUUUUGGACGGAAGAAUGCGCUCCCCCCAAAAUGGACUCUCAUAUUGAGAAAUUAGAGAUCACCUCGUCAUCGGUGAUUUUUAAUCUUGAUCCUAAUUUCUUCAAGAACGAAAUACAAGGGAAGAUAGUGAAGUAUGGAAUGGUAGGAGGAAAUGUACGGGAUGUGGUCAAAAAAGUAAAUAGAAACACUGUUUUGAGCCUAGGCAGCUGGAGCAAUUUUACAUCUUAUAACCACCAGGGUGCUUAUAGAUUCACGUUCAACCUGAUACCCAUUGUGAAUGGUAAACUUCAAGUUGAGGUUGGAAAGAAUAGAAACUGCAGAAAAGAGGAUCUUAAAGAUUUUUGCAAUGGGCCGCUUCCUAGUGGAUUAGAAUUAUGGGUAAAGGCUUAUGCCUGCACGAACGUUGCAUGCACUGUGUCCGAGCACUAUGGACCAUUUACAAUCCAACAACCACACCAAGAUUCGAAUGGUGAUGUGGAUGGGGCCUUGAUUGCAUUGCCAAUUCUUAUUGCCAUCUUUAUCCUCAUCUGUAUGUUUCUGGUUCUUUGGUGGCGAGGAGCAAUUGACCCACUUCAGUGGAAAAAACAACUGCUGAGAAAGGGCGAGGAAUUUGAAGAACAGGAAACACUUCAAGAGAUUGUAGAGCCGAACAGAUCCAUUCCAAUAGCAACAUACAACGAGGCCCUUGCUGACCUUCACAGGGACACACAUCUCAUCCUGGCAGCUCAGUAUGAGGAGAUAAAGCGACGAGCGGAUCAGAUAGGACUGAAGGCCGCCUUCGCGGCUGCCAAACUUGAUCCUAACAAGUCCAAAAACAGAUGGGCCAAUAUUCUGCCCUUCGACCAUAGCCGGGUAAAACUUCAACAGUUGGAUGACGAUUGCCCCGAAUCAGACUAUAUCAAUGCUAACUAUUUGUCUGGCUUUCAUUAUCAACGGGAGUACAUAGCAACCCAAGGUCCGUUACCAGGAACGAUCGACGACUUCUGGCGAAUGGUGUGGGAACAGAACGUCAUGAUGAUCGUAAUGUUAACACAAUGCAAGGAGGGAAACAAAGUGAAAUGUGAGAUGUACUGGCCGGACACUGUCCAAGAGCCAAAGCAGUACGGAAAUGUUGUGGUCAACCCGACCUCGAUAACCAACAUGAACAAGUUUAACAUCAACAUCUUCGACAUCUCGCACGCCACCGAUGUAACGAAGAUUAGGAAAGUUCUGCAAUUCCACUACCUGGACUUUAUGGAUUUCACGGCUGCCGUGGAAGUUGAUAAUUUCAUCGAAUUUGUACGCACCGUCCGAGGUCACGUGCCCCACGAAAUGACCAGCCCUAUGGUAAUUCAUUGCAGUGCUGGCGUAGGCAGGACGGGCUCUUAUAUCGCCAUAGAUCGCUUGCAAGAGUAUCUGAACUCUCCCACGUUCAGUUUCGAUGACCGCAUCAACAUUUUCGACAUGGUCAUGGAAAUGAGGGAACAGAGAGUCAACAUGGUCCAGACAGAAUCUCAGUACAUCCUAAUCCAUGACUGUUUUGAGAGGAUGUUGGAGGACAAGAAAACAUCACUGCAAACUACACAAACGAUGGCAAAACUGGCAUACGAUCAGCAAAGAACAGCGCUCUGAGUGGCAAUUGACGCAAAUCUGAGAACACUACAAUGAUACAGUACAUAUGUAAGCUGUUCUAAGACUGUUUUAAUUCAAAGGCAAUAUGUGUUCUUAUUAAGUGUGUUUGCGUGUGCGUGUGUCUGCGCGUGGGUGCGUGUGUGGCUUAUUGAAAUACAGUGUUCGUGGAUGAUAAUGGGUUUAUUCUAUAUUGAUCAUAUUAUAUUUCAAUGCAAACCAAUUGGUGUUAUUAUUGAUAAACAUAUAUGACAUCAGUGUUCAUGUUGGAACUCAUGUUAGGUUUAUUGAUAAACACCAACUGGUUGAGGGCACAAAUCCAAACACUUAAUGAGGUUUUUACUUUCAUCUUAGAGAUUUUUUGUUGUACAGGCUCACAAUUUUAUUAUUUGUAUGUCGAAAGUCGUUCGUUUCAUAGAGAGAAAAUGACCCUUCAAUGUAUGCUAUAAAGGACACAAACCCCGAAAACAUAAAAAGGGUUGUUGUUGUUUUUAAAUUUUACACCUCUAUAAAAUACUAUGACUAAAAUUUGACAAAAGUAUACAGAAACAGAAAAGUGUUUGAUAAGAUUUACCUUUUACGAUUUUUUCUUUAUUCAGGUGCUGGGAUAAUAGUGAGGUUUGUGAACGUAUACUGGUUUUUAGUUCCCAGUAAAUUUACAUUUUACUGACCGUUCUAAGGCGGUACCUAACAAUCCUUGCUAAAUAUACCUAGAUUUUUAUCUAUAGUAUAUAUGCUCUGUGCUGUUUGUGGAGUUUGUGUUGUUGUUCCAUGUUUCUUGUUUGUGUUUUUGUUUGUAAGUUCUAUUUCUUUGGCGUUUACCCAAUGCCAUUAAACGAGGUUUAUGUUUAAACUGUUGGCUACUGAGCUUGUUUCUGUAGUUUUUCACAACAGUAUUGAGCUGAAAUGCAAAUCAAACACAUAAAACACUUGAUUGGUAAUAACCUGCCAAAAGUCAACGUUGCGAAAGAACACGACUUUCUUACUAUUAACAAUGUUUUUGUUUUUUUAAUUUACCACUUUAUAUGUGCCAAGUUGUAAUUUCUUUACUUUGAUUUUCUUAACACUCGAUUCAUGAAAGCAAUUUAAAUCUAAGAUCUGGCAUGAUUUUAUUUAUAAAUAUUUCAAACGCAGGCCAACAUAACCGAGAGCAAAGAUGUGCACGCGUCAUAUGACGUCAUUUCCCCACAUGCUAUAUUUGGACCUUUAAGCGGGUUGAACAAUGAAUGUUUUUUUUAGAAAGUCGAAAACUUCCCAUUCAAGUAUUUUGUUAAGCGUCUGUAAUGAUUUUGAUCGUCAAAUUGUGUGUCAUUGUAAAUGAAUGCGUGUUUAUACAGGCGUUUGGGAUUUAUGUAUUGUUCGGUUUUGACCCGUGAACUAGUAUUGAAUCGCUUGUCGGUCAAUCGCCAAAUAUUAUUUGCCCGAGUUUUGGUAAGGACAAGUGAACUAUAGCCCUGCGGCCGUUGGUCUGAGGGCAAGAGCUUACUUGGUACUUCCACUUCCAAUGUCUACUGAAAACUGACCGACAAGGCCUUCAAUAAGUUUUAUUUUUAUUACUUCACAUUAACAUUGUGAAAUAUUAAACUAUAUAAUCACCAUAUAUAACAAUAUACGAAAGUGAAACAGUGUACAUGUACCUCUAAUAUUCUAGAGUGUCUCCUCUUGUUGCUAAGUAAAUAUAGAAUGUUUGUAGAACACAUAUUUGUUUCGUUACAUAAGUAACUACCCAGUAAAUUUGAAAUUCAUUCAUUUGUGAUUCUUCAAUAAGAUAAAAGUUGUAAAGCAAGGCUAAUUAUGUUAUUUCGGAUCUAACUCUUUAUUUUAGCAAAUAAGAAAAUACUUGCUAUAUUAUCUUAUUGAGCAAAGUAAAAAAAUAUGAAAUAAUCCAAAACAAUUUAUUAAAUCUUUCACACAUAAGAAACUUGUGGACUAUUGAUGAACGGUCAAAUAGCAUUAUUUAUUGACUGUUGAUUUCAAUGGAUAACUAAUAAAGUUGUUAUUGAGUUGCUAACGUAAUAU